UGAUCAACCAUCUAUUGGUGUCUAUUGGUUAUUUAAUGGUUAAUCCAGUCUAGUCCUUUGACCAUAAAAAUAAUCCAAUAUUGUUUUUAUAUAUUUAUAUAAUGUAUUUUUGAAUUCCUGUGAUGAAAAUCCAAUGGUCCAAAAAGGCGGGAAAGUUUAAAUGAUCAGGGUAUGGAGUUUCUUGCCAAUGUGGUUACUGCAGAUUUCUCAUACAAGCAGUGUUUGUCAUCUUUGGAUGUUAUACCAACAGGUUGUUCAAAUUUAGACAAUAUUCUUGGUGGUGGACUAUAUUCUGGAAAGUUAACUGAAAUCUAUGGCUUACCUGGUGUUGGUAAGACCCAGAGCUGCCUAAGCAUUGCAUGUCAUGUUGCUGGAACUCACCAAAAGAAUGUUGUUUAUAUUGAUUGUGAUGCAAGUUUUUCUGCUCAACGUAUUCAUGAAAUUUUCACCACAAGAUAUGAUUCUAGUUCCAUAAUGGUCAGUUUAACAAUUAGAAGCACAUGGCUAGAAUACAAUGUGUUAAAACAUUUGAGAUCUUUCAUGCUCUCUUUGUUCUGGAAGAAUUAAUGAAUUUUCUCUCAACAGA